AUGGAGAGGAUCAAUUCCAGUAUCUGGGCCACGUUCAUGGGCACAGCAGUCAGUGCCUGGACUGUUAGAAGGUCCGUGAAGAACUCUACCCCUGGUUCAACUAAGCAAAGGGAUAUUCAUGAAAGUAUCCACAAAGACCUCGACACCAUUAAGAGGCAGUCAGAUGAAAAAACAGCAUUAAAGUUGUCCUACCGGCCGCAGAAGCUCGUGCCAAGGUCGUCGGAGCAGCUGCGCACAAUUCCCCGGGGGAGGAAAGAGGCUCAGAGCCGCCCGCCGGGCAAAAGCGGCUCCUCCGCUUGGCAGGACCGAGGCUGGCGGACAGCCAAGCGACGGCACCGCCGGGGCCUCGGAAGCUGCGCGGAGCAGACGCGCCUCUUGGAGCCGGGCUGUCGCUGCGCCCGGCCGGAGCCGCCCUCCACCUCCACCACCACCACCCCGCCCUCUCGCGUGGCCGGAGCCCCAGCCCCGCUCGCUCCUGCCCGCCGACCUGGAGCCCCGGGAGCCGCCUCGUCCCGGCGUCUCGACGAAAGCAGCCGGGGGCUCGCGGACCCGCCUCUCCCUCUCCUUCUCCCUCUCCCUCGGCCCCUCUGGCGCAAUGACGCUGCUCACCUUGAAGGCGCUGGGCUGAGGCGAGAGCAGCCAGAAGGGGCAGCGGGGGGGGCGGGGGUGGUUCAAUCGCUUCGGGCCCCGCUAAAGGCCAACGGGGGGAGGGGCAGAGAAAGGCUCCCAGCCCCUCCCGCUCGCUCCCCGCCUGUGGAGGAGCCCCCACCCGGCCAGCCUUGCGAGGCGCCUCUAAAAGACGCGGGAGACUCCGCCGCACCCGGGCGACCAAGAGGGGGGGGGUUCCCACAGAGCCCACGGCCGCCUCUGGCCUCUUCCAGCCGCCCACCUGGACCUGCCCGCGCCGCCAGGCUCCGGAGCCCCGUUUCCACAUCGCGCAGCCCUUCCCUCCCGCGAGCCUCCCCGCCUGGCCCACCGCGCGAGGCUGACAGCCGGAGCCCCGCCGGCCGAGGCGUCCGCGCGGAAGGCGCCUCUUCUCCGCCGACACGUGCGGCAUCGCCGCCGCCUCCGAGGCCGGGAGCCCUGCGCGCCGGGAGGGAGCCGCUCCUGCUCGCUAGCCCGAGGGCCGCGCCGGGCGCCAGAGGGCCGAGGCGGCCUCCGGCGGCGAGGCCGGGCUCGGGAGGCGGGCCGGGCGGCGCGGGGGAGGCUCCGGCGCGGCGCGGAGGGCGGCCGGGGGCGGAGCGCAGCCGGGCAGCCAGGAGGCGUGGGGACCGGCUCGGCCGCCGCAGCUCAGCUCAGCCAGCAGCGGCGGCGGAGCAGCCCAGCGGCAGCCUCAGCAGCGGCCCAGACCCGGCUCGGAGCAGGCGCUGUCGGAGGAGAAGGGCGCCCUGGAGGCGGAGGAGCCGGCCGAGGAGGAGGAGGAGGGAGGCGGCGGCGGCGGCGGCCGGGGAGCCUCGGGGGCCCGCGAGAGGCGAGCGGGGUCCGCGGCUGCGCCCGACUUCACGCCCCGACGGCGGCUUCGGCUGGGUGGUGGUGCUGGCCGCCACUUGGUGCCACGGCUCCAUCUUCGGCAUCCACAACUCCUUCGGGAUGCUCUACGUCCUGCUGCUGGAGGAGAGCGGCGGCGCCGAGCAGGACCACACGCUGGAGUUCCGCACAGCCUUGGUUGGAUCCAUCGGCAUGGGGAUGGUUUUCUUUUGCUCUCCCAUCGUCAGCAUCUUCACCGAUCGGAUCGGAUGCCGGACCACUGCUGCCUCGGGAGCUGCCAUAGCUUUCAUUGGCCUCCUCUCCAGUUCCUUCACCAAGUCCCUGGAGGUCCGCUACUUCACCUACGGAAUCCUCUUUGGUUGUGGCAGCUCCUUCGCCUUCCACCCAUCCCUGGUCAUUCUGGGCCACUACUUCAAGCGACGACUCGGUCUGGCCAACGGACUGGUGACGACCGGCAGCUGCCUCUUCUCCGUGGGUCUCCCGUUCCUCCUGAAAAUCGUGGGAAAGGCCCUUGGCCUUUCUCGCACCUUCCAGAUGCUGAGCGCCUUCCUGCUGGUCCAGAUCUUCUUGUCCCUGACCUUCCGCCCGAUGUUGCCCUCGAUCUCAAGUCCUCGAGAUAGGGAGAUCAAAUUAGACACCCGGAGCUGGAUGCAGCAAUGCAUGGCACAGAUGCGGAAAUAUUUCAACUUGCGAGUCUUCAGAAGAAAGACGUAUCGAGUUUGGGCCUUUGGCAUAGCUACUGCCAUCCUGGGAUACUUUGUCCCUUACAUGCAUCUGGUGAAGUUCGUAGAAGUGAAAUUCAACGAAAAGGAAAGAUCCUGGAUUGUGCUCGUUUGCAUAGGAGCAAUGUCAGGAAUUGGACGGCUGGCCUCCGGACACAUCGGUGACCUCAUCCCUGGAUUGAAGAAGAUAUAUUUGCAGGUUGCAUCCUUCAUCAUCUUGGGUGUCAUGUGCAUGAUGUUGCUACAGUGCCAAGCAUUUUGGGGGGUGAUUGUCGUCUGCCUCUUCCUUGGACUCUGUGAUGGACUCUUCAUCACCCUUAUGGCCCCCAUUGCCUUUGAGCUGGUUGGGCCUAUGGAGGCUUCUCAAGCCAUUGGCUAUCUUCUGGGACUCAUGGCCAUUCCCAUGUCAGCUGGCCCACCAAUUGCAGGACUCCUUCAUGACCAUUUUGGAAAUUACCAGCUUGCCUUCUACUUUGCUGGAGUUCCUCCAAUAAUUGGAGGUCUCAUUCUUGCAUUUGUUCCCUUCAUCCAUCAGUGUCAGCUCAAGAAGAAACGAUUGGAUUCGGGGAAAGACAAGAUGUUGGGUUCAGAGAUGGUCCCAAAUGGAGAACUCCUACCAGGUUCUCCAACCACAGAGGGAGCUAUGUUGUAAACUCUGGCUUGGUUACCCAUCCUUUCACCAGCAGCACUUUCUGAUCCCCAUCUGAGUCAAGAUCUUUUGCAAGAAGAACUUCACCUCUUGUGUGAUAACAGAAAAUCACUCUGUUGGUUGGUCCUGAUCAAAUUCUGGGCUUUCAAGUUGAAUUUGAGUUUCCUUUGCCUCUUUCUUUCCUACCGAACAUUCUCAUUGUUCCCACAUUUAUGUCCCAGCUGUGAUUUUUUUCCAGUUAGCACAUUAGUGGAUUAUGCAUAGAUGACUGUGAUAACAUUUUAAUAGUUUGUGUUGGACCAUUUCCUCUCUCCCCCAAAAUAGAUUCUGUAGCCAUACUUAGUUAUUUUGCUGACAGUGAGCUUAAAUUCACUGGAAACCCCAUCCGGAGUGAAUUGUGAAGCUGCCAAAUUCCCAGAAAUAUAAAUUAAUAUAUAAAUUAAUAUAUACUGAUGGAGACAGAAGGACAAGAGCUGAACGGGUGGAUUCUGAGAAGUUUUCUUUUCAACCAGAAGUUCAGCCUUUUUCUCGUCUCCCUAAAAUCUGUCCCCAAACAAGUAAUUAAGCUUUUUUUCCCCCUUCCAGUUCCGUUGGGUUGUGAAUUCUUUGUUUGAUUUCUUUUGCAUAUUAAAUGAAUCUCAAAAGGAAGAAUAAUUCCUCAUUUAUGGAUACAGUUGAGGGACCCAGUUGAAAACACUGACGGCUGCUCUUUUGGAGACCCGAAAGGUGGAUCUCGGAUUCUCUUACUUGGAGGGGUGGAGAUUUCAUUGCAGGACUUGCUUGGUCCUUAAUUGUUUUAAGAAAGGUAGCUGGAAGAAAAAAAAACAGUGGACAUUUAUACCAAAGGCUGCAGUUGAGGAAACUGAGGCUCUAACCUUAUUACAGAGGAAGGAGCCCAUGGAAUUGUGCAAGUCCCUCACUUCCAUUUGGGGAAGGAACAUUUUCUCUUUUCCUUAAGGGCCUGAAAACAACCCAGGAGGGAGAAACAAAUGCAAAACAUUAACCUGGCUUUCUGACAGCGUCCAAGUAAACGGAGGCUUGUCAAAGGUCUCUUGUCGUGAGCUGUAACAAGUGUCAGCUCCUUUCCCAAUUGGCUUCUUAUUCCCCAGUUUCCCAAAUCAUUCCUGGAAUGGAGAUUUACUGAGUUUUGACCUUAUUUGACCUUAUUUGACCUUAUUCAGGAUUUGCAUUCUUCAUCACCAUCUAUAGGUAGUCCUCGAUUUAUGACCCCAGUUGGGAGCAGACUUUCCAUCACUAACAUGGCAGUUGUUAAGGGAGUUGCACCCAAUUUUACAACCUCUUUUGCCAUGGUUGUUAAGUAAAUAACUGCAUUGUUAAGUGAAUCAUUAAGCUGUUCAGCCACUCCAGAUUGCCCCAUUGAUUUUGCUUGACAGAAGCCACAGGUAGUCCUUGAUUUAGAACAGUUCAUUUAGUGACCGUUCAAAAUUACAACUACAUUGAAAAAUGGGACUUACGACCAUUUCCCACAUUUACAACUUUUGUAGUAAAAUUACGACCUAUAGUCACAUGAUCAAAUUUCAAUUGCUUAGCAACUGGUUCAUACUUAUGAUGAUUGCAGUGUCCCGUGGUCACAUGAUCCCUUUUUGCAACCUUCUGACAAGCAAAGUCAAUGGGGAAGCCAGAUUCACUUAAGAACUAGGUUACCAACUUAUCAACUGCAACGAUUCACUUAACAACUGUGGCAAGAAAGGUCAUAAAAUGGGGCAAAAGUUAAGUGUUUCACUUAAUGACAGAAAUUUUGGAGUCACUUGUUGUCGUAAAUCAAGGACUACCUGAACAGGGAAAGUUGCAAAUGACAAUCACAUGAGCCCGGGAUACUGCAAAUGUCAUAAAUACAUGCCAGUUACAAAAUGCCCCAAUUGUGAUCAUGGGAACACUGUGACAAUCAAAAGUGUGAGGGUCAUCAUAAGGGGUUUUUUGUGCUGUCAAAACAUCAAAUGGUCACUAAGUAAAUGGUUGUAAGUUGAGGACUACAUGUAGUUGAAGACUAACGUUAUUUUCCCUAGUCAACUGUGUCAUCUGAACAAGAAUCAGAAAAUAUGUUCAUCUCCCUUAACACUGGCAAAAACUAGAUUGCCUUAGCAGCUCUUUUCCCUUUUUCUUUCCAUGUAUUUCCCUCUGACUGUAUAGAUUACAGGAAAAAGUGGAUGGAGAACACCAUCCCAACCAUGGCUAAACUGAUGCUGAUCCCUGCUGUGCACCGUGGAAGUGAUAACCUCCCAGGUCCUUUAACGUUGGCUCAGACAGCAGCAGAGACCGCUGCUUCUCAUGUCAAUGUGGUGUCUGACCAUAUGCUGUGAACUCAUGAGAGUUGACUUGAACUGGGAAGAACCACUGGGCCAGUCCUACAUAACAGGGUUCUCCCAGUUUGGCAACUUUAAGAUUUGUGGACUUCAGCUCCCAGAAUUCCCCAGCCAGCUAUGCCGGGAAUUCUGGCAGUUAAAGUCCACAAGUCUUAAAGUUGCCAAGUUUGGAGACCCCUGUCCCAAGAUUGUUUCUCAACCUUAGCAACUUUAAGAAGUUUGUGGACUUCAACUCCCACAAUUCACUGGCUGGGGAAUUCUGGGAGUUGAUGUCCAGACAUCUUAAAGCAUCUACCGUUGAGAAAUAUUACCCUGUACGGAUGCUAAAUGCAGGUGUACAGUCAUCAGUUAAAAGUGUGGUCCAUUUUCAUAUCUCCCAAAGAACCACUGAUGGAAGUUUCAACCAUCCCUCUCUUCUGUGGAUUCAUCCCAAAUCCACUCCUCCUGAAGCUAUUCUAAAGCCCAGGAGAAAAGCAGGCAGAACUUGAUCUCAGGACUUGGGGGCUGGAGAAGGAAAUCUUCAAUGGUCCAAAAAAAGAAGGAUUUUAUCUCACUCCCAUCCCCACUUCAUGUGUCACAGUCCACAGUUUGCUUUGAACCACAAUGAGUGGUCAGUGAGUUUGGUUCUGGGGAACACCAUCCCUUCUCCAGUUUGUGUAAUAAAGUUAGAUAUGAUCCAUAUUUGGAGGUAUUUUGAUUCCUUAUAGAAUCAGUAAUAGAGCAGUAGAGCUGAGUUUCUCAGCAGCUUCAAGAUAUGUGGACUUCGGCUGUGCUGGCUGCGGAAUUCUGGGAGUUGAAGUCCACCUGUCUUUGUUGCUGAAGUUGAGAAACUGCAAUAGCGAAUAAUCCAAUACAUGGCUGAACUUUCUUCAGAUGCCUCCAUUGUGUUCUCCAUGGAUGCCCACCGUGUCCCAGCAGUAAAUAUCAUUAGUUUCCACCCCUUAAUGCAGAGAUUUUACAGUCUUGUACUCUUGCAAGUUAUAAAACACCCAUCGAAGGUAUGUGCCAUCUGUUGUUGUAUAGCUUGCCAACAAUCCACUGAUUCCAGAUUUUUCUUUUUUUAAAAAAAAAUCUCUGCAGGUUUUCUAUAUGUCUCCCGCUCAGAUAUAGCCAUGGAACUUGAGUUUGUUGAGUAUACCAGUUUUGAUGACAUUCAGACAUUCUAAGUCCUAAGGCAGAAAAGGCAACCCUUUUCAGGCGGGGGGGGGUGUGUGAGGGGGGUGGGAGGCAUUACCCCCCUCCCCUUUUGUCUUUGCUGAAGGCAACAAGCGGUUUUGCUAAUGACAUCACAAUGUCUUGGCCCAUUUUAGGAAGAGAAGGGGCAAAAUGGAAGUUUUAAGGCUUCCGUAGAAAUGAAAAGGAUUCAUUUUGCCCCUUAAAACUCCCCAGACAAGAAAAUGUAUUUUAUGGGUUUUUUAAAAUUUUAUUUUAGAAACGUGUUAAGGCCACACAGCUCCACAACAAAUCUGGGUGGCAUUCAACAAAAGCAAGUAUACUCUGUAAUUAAAAUAAAUCACCCAACCACCGUAAGAGACACUGCCAUCAAAGACAAUCAAACUGGCAGGACCUACCACCCGCUCAAGGUCUGAAUUGCCAGACCUCUUCUGACCUUGGUUCAGGAGGGAGUCGGAUGUAUCUCAGGCAGGAUGCAGUUCCAGCCUAUGAGGAGUGCCUUAAGCCUCUGUCUACAAAGAGGCUUUUGCCCUUUAAAAUUUCCCCAAGCACCCCAUCAAACCAAAAAAGAUCAAACAAUUCAACCUUGCCCUUUGCAGUCCUGUAUUUCUGGGUUAGUUGUCCCUGCUGUACAGCUUGCGGUGCACCUGUUAAGCCAAGAAACUAAAAGCAGAAGCUUAUCAAAAGUUGUUAGGGAAGCUUAGCCACAAUCCUGUAUUUUCCUUCCCCGGUUCAUACACACCUGGGGUUGCAAUGUUUAAACUCAACAUUUAUCAGCAGGAAAAGCCCUUCUGAUCCAGCUGUCUCCCAGAGGUGAAAUUAUCCCAGCAUGAUCCAAGUGUGUUCCAUGAAGUCUGAUUGCAUUCCUGCACAACCAACUUUUGUGACACCCUUUACUUUUGUAAAGAAUGCUUAAAUGGUCUUUGUGACUUUUUUUUCCACGAAGAAGUGUAAAGUUUGUGUAAAAUUUGUUCUUUCCAAAGGUUUUUCCUUUCUCUUCUGAGCAAUUUCUCUGCUUCCUAGAACCAUCAUAUGUAUCAAAUGUUAAAUGUAUGGCCAAUUGCUCUAACUCUUCUGUGUUCUGAUGAAAUAAUGGCAUUUUUGUAACUUUGGUUUUCCUUCUGGGUAAAUGAAGAGGCCUUGCACUGGGGUGGCCUCGGAGCACCUCUGCUCACAGUAGCUCAAAAUUAGUUCCCUUUGAUUUUGUGUACAGGUUGUCCUUGACUUACGACAAUAAUUGCACCCAAAAUUUAGGUUGCUAAGUGAGACAUUAGUUAAGUGAGUUUUGCUCCAUUUUAUGACCUUUCUUGCCACAGUUGUUAAGUGAAUUGUUGCAGUUGUUAAGUUAGUAACAUGACUGUUAAAUGAAUCCGCCUUCCCCAUUGAUUUUGCUUGUCAGAAGGUCACAAAAUGUGAUCACAUGACCCCGGGGACACUGCAACCAUCAUAAAUACGAGUCAGUUGCCAGGUGUCUGAAUUUUGAUCACGUGAUCAUGGGAACACUGCAACAGUUGUAAGUGUGAAAAAUGGUCAUAAGUCCAAUUUUCCAGUGCUGUUGUAACUUCGAACAGUCACUAAAUGAACUGUUGUAAGUCAAGGACUACCCAUAAUGUAUUAAAAAAUUGCCAUGACAGUAUCAUGCUUUUUUAAUGUAUGUUUCAUGCAUAAUAUGUGUAAAACGGAUCAGUUUUACACAUAUUAUGCAUGGUCAUCUGUUCACACAUCCCUUGGGUGCCCCCGGCCAGAAACAGUGUUGUAAAUUCACAAAAUAUACUUCACAUGGUAUCAUUAAGCAAAACCAAGAAACCUUUCCCGAUACCCUGGUUUCUGGACUCAAAUAAUAUUGGAUUCCAGGCUGCCAAAAAGGUUGCUCUCCCUUGAGAUAGAAGCGACGUAAGAAAAAAUGUUGUUUUAAUAGAUGGUGAGAAUUUUGAUUUUUCAGGACAACUGAUUCAAAUUACAUUUCUGCGGUUAGAAUUCUAGCCUCUAUUUGUUUUGAAAUAAUGCCUUGCCUCCUACUCCGACCCAACUUUUUUCCAUGUUCAAAAGCUGAAAACAGACAUUUGGAAAAGGCAGUAGAUUACUUUUGAAUAGAGCAAUGUUUCUCAAGCUUGGCAACUUUGAGAUGUAUGGACUUCAAUUCUCAGAAUUCUGAGAGUUGAAGUCCAUACAUCUUAAAGUUGCCAUGGCUGAGAAACACAGAAUAGAGAGUCUUGUUAUGUCAAGAAAGCCUCUAAUAAGAAAAAUUCCCAAAAUUUGAUCUAAGGGAUCUCAGCAGGAAUUCAGGUGUAGAGACUCGUGAGAUUUUGACAUUUGAUGGGAUUCUGGCCAAAUAAUUUUUAUGUAAUUUUGAAAACUUGUAAAUGCCAGCAGAAGAAAAUGCAUAUUAGUAUGGAUCAUACAGAUGGCAUAUGUAGUAGAAAAGAUUAUGAUUAUGUUACAUAUCAAGGAAUAAUCCGGGAGCCUCUGUUCCAGUGGAAUGAAUUAAGGAAGUCCAAAGGAAUUCUUAAUUAGCUGUCAUAAUUGUAUAAAAGUUAAUAUGGUACACUAAA